GGAAUUCCGUCGGAAUAUUCCGACGGAAUUCCGAGGAAGCAAAAUUUUGUGUUUCCUCGGAAUUGCCUCGGAAAUGCCUCGGUAUAUUCCGAGGAAUUCAUUUUCCGUCGGAACGUCCGUCAGAAUACCGCUGUUUUCUUGUAGUGAAAAACAGUGCUGACUUGGGAACGUUAAUUAAAUUCUAAGAGAAAAUUAACAAAUACAUUUUUUUUGAAUGAACAGAGACAUAUACUAGCAGGGGCGGACGUAUGUGGUAGUCUAUGGGGUCACGUGCCCCCGUCUACUUUUUCAAAAAAAAAAAUUAUGUAUAGUUAGUUAUGUAUAAUUAUUAGUGAACACAUAAGGUAAUGUAUUCCUACAGAUUCUUCUCGUGAAAUCAUUACUCAAAAACACAUAAUUGUAGCCCAAAAUUAAAAUAUAAAGCCCAAUUUAAGAAACCCAUAACCCAUUCAAAAUCAAAGAAAAUUAAUGAAAGAAGUGGAUGGUGAAAAGUUGACCUAGUUCAAUACGUCUUUUAUCUUUCGUUUUGUUCUCUUCCUUUUAUUUUUUUUCAAUUAAAGUUUUCUGCUUCCAGUCACAAAAAACUCUAAAUCAGACGAACAAAAAAGUAACGCAGGUAAAAAGCUUCUAUAUUAAAUUAUUGUUGCUUCUUAAAUAAGAACUAUUACUUUUUGUCUAAUUUUAAAUUACGAAUUUGCAAUAGUUACGAACUUGCGAUUUAACUAUUUGAUUAUAUGCUAGGCUUUUUUUCUUCCAAAUUGAUAAAGACUUGAUAACUAUAGGAUUAUUGUUAGAACGUGAAGAUUAUUGUUAGAAUGUGAGAAUGGAUGGGAAAUAAAAAGUAAGAAACAAAUUAUAUUUUUUGUGGAAUUUUGUGUUAGCAAAACGUGAGUACUUGGUUAAUAAAAAAUCAUGAAAAUUUAGGAACUAUAGAAUUGUUGUUUGAGGAAUGUUUUUUUUCUUUUGCAGUUAAGUUUUCAAUGGAAAAAUAUUUCAAACCCAAAAGAAAGUUUGAGUCUUUAGCUAUGUCUGAAGAUGAAUUGGAGAAAUUACCUUAUGAUCCCGGAGAAAGGAAAAGAAUAUCAAAAUAUCCUCCAAAUCAAAGAGAUGAGGUAAUACGCAAAUAUCUUAUUAGAGGUCCUUGUCAACCACGUGGUCAUGAAUUUCCUAAAACAUUGUUUACAAACAAAUUGAGACGAUUCAAUCCAUCUUGGUUUGAUCUCUAUGGUGAUUGGUUGGAAUAUAGUGUGAAGAAAGACAAAGCAUAUUGUUUGUUCUGCUACUUGUUUAGAGAUUACACUGAAAAUAAAGGUGGAAGUGAUGCAUUUGUGAUUACUGGCUUUGAUGACUGGAACAAGACUGAGAGAUUACAAGAUCAUGUUGGAGCAGUGAACAGUUUUCACAAUAGUGCAUUGAAAAGGGCUGAUUAUUUUAUGAGACCAGGGCAGUCAAUUGUUCAUGCUUUUUAUAAGCAAGAUGAUGCGGCUAAAAAUGAAUACAGGAUCAGAUUGAAUGCUUCAAUUGGUGCUUGUAGGUUUUUGUUACAACAAGGACUACCAUUUCGAGGUCAUGAUGAGUCAGUAGAUUCAGUCAACAAGGGAAACUUUUUGGCGCUUUUGAAAUACACAGCAGAGCAAAAUGAACUUGUGAGUAAAGUUGUUUUAGAGAAUGCUCCAAAAAACAAUCAGAUGGUGUCCCACAAAAUUCAGACAGAUAUAGUUCAUUGUUUUGCAGAAGAAGUUAUUGAAUCUGUCAUUCAAGAAGUUGGUCAUGAUAUAUUUUGCUUGUUGGUGGAUGAGUCUGCAGAUGUUUCUGAUAAAGAACAAAUGGCAGUGGUUUUUCGCUUUGUUGAUAAUCAUGGGAUAGUUAAAGAAAGGUUCAUUGGUCUAGUUCAUGUGAAAGAGACAUCUUCUUUAUCUCUAAAGUGUGCUGUUGAUUCAUUGUUUGCUAAACAUGGACUGAGUAUGAAAAAGCUAAGAGGACAAGGUUAUGAUGGAGCGAGUAAUAUGAAGGGUGAAUUCAACGGUUUGAGAUCUUUAAUUAUGAGAGAAUGUAGUUCUGCGUAUUAUGUCCAUUGUUUUGCUCAUCAACUCCAGUUAGUUGUCGUGGUAGUUGCUCAAAAGCAUUUUGGGGUUGUGGAUUUCUUUGAUAAGCUUGCUGUCUUGUUAAAUGUUGUUGGGGCUUUUUGUAAGAGAAAAGAUAUGGUGCGAGAAGAUCAUCUGAAAAGAAUAGAGGAAAGAACUAAGAAAGGUGAAAUGAAGACAGGAAAGGGAUUAAACCAAGAGGUUUCAUUUCAAAGACCCGGUAAAACUCGUUGGGGUUCUCAUUACAAAACAUUACUGCGGUUGGUUGAUUUGUUUCCUUCUAUCAUUACAGUACUUGAGUAUGUCGAAAAAGAUGGGAGUGAUGCUAUCAAAAGACGACAAGCUAAUGGUCUUCUCAAUUACUUCUACACCUUUGAAUUUGUGUUCUACUUGCAGUUAAUGUUGCUUAUUCUUGGGAUCACAAAUAGUUUAUCAAAAGCUCUUCAAAGGAAAGACUUGGAUAUUCUGAAUGCUAUGUCGCUUGUGAAAUCCACCAAGCAACAAUUGAAUAAGCUCAGGGAAAAUGGAUGGGAAUCUAUGAUCAACAAAGUUUUUUCCUUCUGUAAAACUUACAAGACUGAGUUGCUGGUUAUGGAUGAUGAGUUUAACUCCAAGAGUUCAAGAAAAAGAAGCAAUAUAACCAACUUGCAUCAUUACAAGGUAGAAUGCUUUUACACUGUAUUGGAUAUGCAAAUUCAUGAGUUUAAUGACCGCUUUGAUGAGGUAAACACUGAAUUACUUGGUUGCAUUGCUUCUUUGAGCCCUAGUGAUUCAUUUCGUGAGUUUGAUCACUUGAAAGUUAUGAGGUUGUCUGAGUUUUAUCCUGAGGAUUUUAGUCAUAUGGAGCGGAUGACUCUUGAACAUCAACUUGGUCUCUAUAUUGAUAACAUUCGCGAAGAUGAAAGAUUUGCUAAUUUGAAGAAUCUUGGAGAUCUUGCAUGUAUGAUGGUAGAGACAAAGAAACACCUUUCACAUCCUUUGGUUUAUUGGAUUUUAAAGCUAGUUUUGACUUUGCCUGUCGCCACUGCUACAGUUGAAAGAUGUUUUUCUGCGAUGAAGAUUGUGAAGACUAGCUUGAGGAAUCGGAUAAGUGAUCAGUUUUUAAAUGAUUGUUUUAUUUGUUUUGUUGAGAAAGAACUAUUUGAGAAAGUAACAAACGAUGCUGUGAUAAAAAGAUUCCAGAAAAUGGAAUCGCGUAGGAUUAAUUUGUAAGGUGAUUUUUUGAAGAAUUUUAUUUAAAUGAAUUUAGUUAUAAAUGAUAUUGUGCCCCCGGUAAAAAAUCGUUCUGGAUCCGCCCCUGUAUACUAGCAGAGUUAAAAAUGAACAGAGACAUAUUUGAAUCACAUGCAAUUAUAAAAAUAAAUUACUUUUAGCUCUAUGCAUCACUGAGGAAAUCAAAAUUGUCAAACAAAAAUAUUUCCAUAUCAUAGCAUAAGAUCAAUACUAGUGCGAAAAUAUUUCCAAAGGUGAUCAGCUCAAAUAUCGAAUAAAACAUGUCAAAUUGAGAGGAAAUGUAAACGUCAAAAAUAAACUUAUAAAGAGUUUCAAAGAUUCAAACCCAAAUGCCAAAAAUAUUUUCACAAACUC